GCCUGGUGUAGUGCUUCACUUUAAUUACCCUUUUUUUACAACAUUUUUUCACGCACCGUACUUUGCUGUGCUGUUUGGCAAAUGGAACUAAUGUAAAGCGGACAAGUUUUGCGAAACAUUUCAUACAUAAUUACGUUCGUUUAUCGAACAAAAACAAACCCACGAGGGCACCGUUUUGAACGCGUCAACUGUCAAACUCAGGUUGCGAAGUGUGUGUAUAUCGUGCUCGAACGCCGACAUCAGGGAUCUAAGCAGCCAGCGGUGCAAACGCAUUUUCAACCAAGACGCGCACGUUUUCCUUCGCUUCGCUACAGUUCCGGUGUCGUUUCAUUACCAGAGAGUAAAGGAAGAGCUUCCGCCGGUUGUGUCCUGUGCUGAACCAGGUUGGCCCGACUGUGUCUACGAUACGCCGCAAAAGUUUCCGCCAAACAGCUGCUUACAUUGCGCAAGACGUACAACGCAGGAAGGAGAACAACAUCAACCGCCCGUAAUCUCAAUCAAAAGUCCCAAGCCUCUCCCGACACACCAUCAUGAGCGAAAGCACAUCAACCGCAACUACCUCCGCUGCUAGCAGUGCCGAGGAUAAUGCACGCAAGGUACAACAGUACAAAGAUAACCUCAUCAGCCGUGCCGAAACACUUAUUGUCAAAGAGUUUCCCGAGCGUAUCGUGCGUUUGAAUGCCCUGCUCGAGACUCCUCAAUUUUCCGAGCGGAGUUUCACGGAUGUUUAUCAGGAGCUGAACAUUCCAGUCCCGGAACCGAUAGUAUUGGACGUGGAGGGUCACGCGAAGCGUCCCCGGCUCAACUCCACCGCGCCCACCUCACCGAUCGAUGGUAACGGCACGAAGGUGCACGCCCUACCAUCCGGUCACGUCGAAUGUAACAAACCGAUCGGUGAGCUAGUUUGCAUCGUCAAGCCCAUAAUCCGUGCCCUGGUGGAGGACUCCAAUCUGCUGAAGAUGUGGAUCUCCUUCAUGAUACCGAAGAUCGAGGACGGCAACAACUUUGGCGUAUCGAUCCAGGAGGAUACGCUGGCCGAGAUACAGUCGGUCGAAACGGAGGCUGCCGCAUUCUUCGACCAGAUUUCGCGAUACUUUUUGUCGCGCGCCAAAGUCGUGUCGAAGGUGGCCAAAUACCCACACAUCGACGACUAUCGGCGAGCGGUGGCCGAGCUGGACGAGAAAGAGUUUCUCAGCCUAUGGUUGGUAUUGAGCGAGAUCCGGAAUCGAUACUGCUCGCUGCACGAUAUCGUUAUCAAGAAUAUGGAGAAACUGAAAAAGCCUCGCUCGUCCAACGCGGAUAGCUUGUACUAAGGUUGAGCGUGAAGGAAGCUACUAAGGGGCGGGUUGUUUUUUUCCUGUUUUUUUUUUUUUUGUUCACAAACGCAUUUGAUAUAUUCCGCCAAUCCCCCGAUCCGCAGGGGUGCGAAUGCACCGUUAAUCGAUUGUAUCAUAUCAUGGCAUAUCGAUUGUAUCCAAGUAGCUGGGCCUGGACGAUUUUGGCGUUGACCAUUCGGGUACAGCUAGAAUGUUUUCCUGCUUGUUUUGGCGCUUUGAAGAGGGGGGGGGGGGGGGGGGGGGGAAUAUUUGGACAAGAUUCAUCAAACCACUCGCGUUAAUAACACCAACAUUACUACCUAGGACCUGCGGCACGAAACGAACCAAGCGUUUCCCUGCCUGCCAGAUCCAAUGACAACUAUAAAGACAUACCACAUCCCGGUUACUCCACAUCCACGAGAUCCGCACAAGAGCAGUAGUAGAUUCCGGCGGCAGCAAUAAUCGAUCGUAUCCAAAAGCCCCAUACGGGUCCCGUGAGGCGCAGAAGAUUUGCUCCUUCUUUUUCGCAUACAUUGUACACUUAAUCCAACUAUCGAGGUAAUAAAUUGCCUGGAUAUUAACAAAAAAAAACAAAUAACAGCCAAUCUAGACGACACAGAAUCUGGAAAAGAUUUUCCGCAAACCCACCCCAUGUGCUGUUGUAGAAAAAAAAAUUAAACUUAGAAAGCCGUCAGAGCCGACGGAGCAGUUGACCGUUGCUGCCGAUGACCAACCUAGCAAACAGCACAGCUCUGGGGGAGCUGAAAGUCCUGGUGACAGGACACCGAGCAAAGGAUGAAGGAACGCGAGCGAGCAUGUGAAUAAAUAUGUAAGAAAGCUCACAAUACGUAAA